GUCAAUAUCCCGACAACCAAUUUAUCGUCCCUCGAAAAUCGUUAUAAGGCGGGGCAUCCCAGCAUGUUUUCCCUCAUCCUUCGCUGCCUCCCUUCUCCUUCACAGCCUAUUAGUCCCUCGUCCCGUCCUUACAUUGCCCAUCCUCGACCAAGAUGCCUCGCGUCUCCUCCCAGAAAUCCAACAAGAGAGUCCAAUGCAAAGUCUGCCUCAAACAAUACGCGGACACGACUGGCCUUAGCCGCCACUCCAAGGUCCACCGCCCAGACGUAGAAAACCUCAUGUUCAGAUGCACCGGCCCCGACUGUCACUAUCGCACAUUGCAAAAAGCCCGCUUCGAGGAUCAUAUCCGUGCGAAGCAUACAGGAGAAAAGCCAUUCACAUGCCCUGCUCCCGACUGCUCGUACGGUUCAUCCAGUCCUGGGGGUCUCCAUCGCCACCGAAAACAGUGCGAGAAGCUAAACGCUCCUCCCCAAUCCAUGCAACAGCCGCUUCCCCCCAAACAGCUCCUCCCCGCCAUCGACGCCGGAAUGCCACUCGAAGAGGUCAUCACGUGCAUGACAUCCCCUCAAUCGAACGUCGGAUCUUGGUUGUCUGAGGAUCUCGUGUCAUCCUCGGCAUUAUUGCAAUCCGACCUACAAGACAUUCCGAGCUCCUUGACAAUGUCCUCUUCGCAUGCAAACCGCUCGCCUUCUCCCGAAAUGGUCGCCUCAACGUCUGCCACAGACGAUUCGUUGUUCGUGAAUACCAACGCGGGCAGCUUCACGGACCCACUCAGCUUCUUCGACUCCUUCCCUGUGGCCUCACCUACAUGGUCGGAUCUCAGCUCAUCGGUAUCGUCGUCAUCCUCCGGUAACGACGAGCGGCUUUCACCCUCCUUUGAUUUCGAUCAGUUCUCGAUGUCUAACUUUUUGCGGGACAACUUGAUUACUACAUAUUCAAGCCCGCUGAACUUUGAUGUCACAGAGACACUAUCCUUCUCUGAUUCUCCCUUCUCAUUGACAUUUCCAAAAAAUGAACCUGCCUUUUCGUUUGAUUCGUCGAUGGAGGAUUUCUCCCUCUUUCCAAUCGAGAAGCUCUCCACACCGCCCUUCUUCCAAGCGGAGCAAUCACCAUCAUCACCACCGUCCACAUUCGACUGGAUGUUUUAAAGCUCGGAGCAGAGCCUGAACUCUUUCCCCUUUGUCUAACCUCCCUUGUAC